CCUCCAGCAUGGGCCAAACCGCGGCUUGCCCUCAAAAGUAGUACUAACCAACUUGCUGGCCAAUUGGGGUUCUGUGGCUUGUCUUGCUCUAAUCGACGGCUGAUUCGUUUGACUGGAGGCGUCUGUUAUGAGACCUGCUAUCUUUUUGCUGUCCACCCAACUCCCUCCCGCUUGUGGCUGAUAAUGAGCUCACCUGGUUCGCCCCCCGCUGCUGGCGGCGGCCCCCCCGGAUCCUCUCCUCCCUUCCAAGAAGGAUGGUUUCCAACUCAGGAAUGGCUCGAGUUAGACGAAGAUGAGCUUGGAGACAUGGACUAUGAGCCCAACGAUACUGACGAAAGAGACGACGAUUCCGAUAUCGAGCCGUAUGAUGAGGACGACAACGACGACUUAGAUCACAUCGAUGCCGAUGAUCCUCAUUUCAAUUCUCAACUACACUUAGGCAAUAUACAAAUCGAAUUCGCCAUGGAUGAGCCCCAUGCUAACAAUAAUGGUGGUGGGGAGACCCAAGGCGGUAGACAAAACAGAGUGUCUGCGGCACGGUUGCUAAAUUUACUUGCUUCCAACGGCUUGCGGCAUAUACUACAUUACAAUGGACUGCACGAGGCUUCACCUGGAGACGAUGCGGAUGAAGACUAUGAAUUCGGCUUCUUUGGAUAUCGUCGACGACCACGACGAUCAGGCCAAAGCCAACUGCCAAAAGUUCCCAGCGAUGAGGGCCAGCUAUUAAUGGGCUCGGGUGACUUUGGACGCAACACGAACUACGUCGAUCGACUCAAACGGCGGAACCAGGCUCUUGCUUCGAAGGUCAUGUGGCGGGAACUGGGAGUCAACCUGACUGGGACAAAUAGGCAGGACAUUCGGUCGAUGGCUCAGGGACUCAUCCCCAGCGCAGUGGCGGAUAAAGUCAUUCACUUCGACUCUCGCUGUUACUCAGGCCAGUUCUCAGACGACGGGAACUUUUUCUUCUGUUGUGCUCAGGACUUCAAGGUCCGAAUGUACGACACAUCUAAUCCCUUUGAGUGGAAAUACUACAAGACGGUGACCUAUCCAUUCGGACAAUGGACUAUCACCGACGCGAGCUUGAGUCCGGAUAACAAAUUUCUAGCAUAUACCUCAAUUCGAAAUCUUGUUUGUCUUGCACCCACUGAUCCGGCUGAUGAAGCAGAGCCAGCUGUUUUGGAUCUAUCUUCAAUACCUGGAAGACGACGGAUGCGUUUCAACGGGAACUCUCACUUUGGUAUUUGGUCAAUCCGGUUCUCGGGCGACGGUCGCGAGAUCGUGGCGGGCACGUCCGAUCAAUCCGUUAUAGUCUAUGACCUUGAAACACGCCAGUCGGUGUUGCGGUUACAGAACCACGAAGACGACGUCAACGCCGUUUGCUUUGGUGACCAAUCUUCGCCUCACAUUAUCUAUUCCGGAUCCGAUGACUCGACCCUUAGGGUUUGGGAUAGACGCUCCAUGGGCGACGGGCGCGAAGCCGGAGUGUUUAUGGGACAUACAGAAGGACUGACCUACGUUGACAGCAAAGGCGACGGACGUUACGUGUUGUCAAACGGCAAAGACCAGACGAUGAAGCUCUGGGAUCUGAGAAAAAUGAUGACUACAGCGAAGUUCGACACGAUCGAUUUCAAUAAUUUCACUACAGGUUUUGAUUACCGAUUCGAGACCUACCCUGAUGACUAUUAUGACCCUCAUCCACACGAUUGUUCGGUCGUUACAUACCGCGGUCAUCGGGUCCUCAAAACGUUGAUCCGCUGUCAUUUCUCGCCUCCCGACAGUACCAACUCACGGUACGUCUAUAGCGGAAGCGAGGAUGGCAAGGUGUAUGUGUAUAACAUGGAUGCGACGCUGGCGGGGAUAAUUGAUGUAGGGCAAGCCACCCACAAUUCGCGCCCGCUGGACCCAGAUAUGUCGACUGCUGCAUAUGAGAUACGUAGCAGCCGCAGCGACGUGCUGUGGAAGACAUGUGUUCGAGAUGCAAGUUGGCAUCCGAGCUGUCCAGUCAUGGCAGCGACGUCAUGGAAUGGCUGGGGUCUGUCUACCGGCACUUGCACCUUGCACACCUGGAAUGAUGGUGCCAGUUCCGACGAAGGAUCGCCUUUCUUAGGCAAGAAUUACGAUUCGAAAUUGAAGCCGGUGCCGGAAUUUGAUGAUUUUAAACAGACGAUGGCGGCAAUGACUCGAAGUCGGCCUGUUCAGAGAUCUCGCCUGGAUGAUGAACUCGCAUACGAAUUAUGGUAAAUUCAUCCUGAGGUAUAGUAUGUCAAAUAGAAGAAGAUAGGCUCUCUACGUCAUCUUGAAGAUGUUGUUUCGCCUCAUAUUGGAGCUCAUGGGAUCGUCUGGAAAAGCGAGUGUGCCUCGACACGUAAUCCACGAAGCACAGAUAGGAUAUCCAGUAGCUAGUCUACUGCUUAUUACAUAGGAUAUAUUACCUGGUUGGUAGGAG